AAAAAUAUAGUUUACAAAAAACGAAAUUUGACGGAGCUUCGGAAUUUGGAGAUUGCCGAUAGCAGUUUAACCGGAGAGAUUCCGUCGGAGAUCUCGAAACUCACCAAUCUUUGGCAGUUAGAGCUUUACAACAACUCCUUGACCGGAAAACUUCCUACCGGAUUCGGAAACCUGAAGAAUCUGACUUACUUGGAUGCUUCAACAAAUCUUCUACAAGGCGAUUUAUCGGAGCUCAGGUCUCUGACUAAUCUCGUUUCACUACAAAUGUUCGAAAACGAAUUCUCCGGUGAGAUUCCGAUGGAGUUUGGCGAAUUCAAGGAUCUCGUGAAUCUCUCUCUGUAUACCAACAAGUUAACCGGUUCUCUGCCUCAAGGACUCGGUUCACUUGCCGAUUUUGAUUUCAUCGACGCAUCAGAGAAUCUCUUAACCGGACCUAUCCCUCCAGAUAUGUGCAAGAACGGGAAGAUGAAAGCUCUGCUUCUCCUGCAAAACAAUCUCACUGGCUCCAUCCCUGACUCGUACGCUAGCUGUUUGACUCUGGAACGGUUCAGAGUAAGCGAGAACUCGCUUAACGGAACUGUUCCCGCGGGACUUUGGGGCUUACCGAAGCUCGAGAUCAUCGAUAUAGAGAUGAAUAACUUCGAAGGUCCGAUCACUGCCGAUAUAAAGAACGGUAAAAUGCUCGGAGCAUUGUAUCUAGGGUUCAACAAGUUGUCUGAUGAGCUGCCGGAGGAGAUAGGUGACACUAAAUCUUUGACUAAGGUUGAGCUUAACAAUAACCGGUUUACCGGGAAGAUUCCGAGCUCCAUUGGGAAACUGAAGGGACUUAGCAGUCUGAAGAUGCAGAGCAAUGACUUCUCUGGUGAGAUACCGGACUCGAUUGGAUCAUGCUCGAUGCUCAGCGAUGUAAACAUGGCUCAAAACUCGCUAUCCGGUGAAAUCCCGCACACGCUUGGAUCUCUUCCGACGCUCAACGCUUUGAAUCUUUCAGACAAUAAGCUCACCGGGAGAAUCCCAGAGAGUUUGUCGUCUCUAAGGCUUAGCCUUCUUGAUCUGUCUAACAACAGAUUAUCCGGUCGUAUCCCUCUGAGUUUGUCAUCAUAUAAUGGUAGCUUCAAUGGCAAUCCUGGACUCUGUAGCAUGACGAUCAAAUCGUUUAACCGGUGCAUAAAUCCUUCGAGAUCGCAUGGAGACACUCGCGUAUUCGUGCUGUGUAUAGUUUUCGGGUCACUGAUCUUGCUUGCGUCUCUUGUGUUUUUCUUGUACCUGAAGAAAACAGAGAAGAAGGAAGGCCGUUCGCUUAAACACGAGUCUUGGAGUAUAAAGUCAUUCCGAAAGAUGAGUUUCACUGAAGAUGAUAUCAUCGAUUCAAUCAAAGAAGAGAAUUUGAUCGGUAGAGGAGGUUGUGGCGAUGUGUACAGAGUAGUACUUGGUGAUGGUAAAGAAGUUGCGGUCAAACACAUCCGGUGUAGUAGUACUCAGAAAAAUUUCAGCAGUGCAAUGCCGAUUCUCACUGAACGGGAAGGAAGAUCGAAGGAGUUUGAAACAGAGGUGCAAACGCUUAGCUCAAUACGACACUUAAAUGUGGUAAAACUCUAUUGUAGCAUCACGAGCGAUGACUCAAGCUUGCUGGUGUACGAGUACUUGCCUAAUGGAAGCUUAUGGGACAUGCUUCACUCUUGCAAGAAAUCGAAUCUCGGUUGGGAAACACGGUAUGAUAUAGCUCUUGGUGCAGCGAAAGGGCUUGAGUACUUGCAUCAUGGGUAUGAGAGACCGGUAAUUCACCGUGAUGUUAAAUCAAGCAACAUAUUGCUAGAUGAGUACUUGAAACCUAGGAUUGCGGAUUUUGGUCUUGCCAAGAUUCUUCAGGCCAGCAAUGGCGGUCCAGAUUCCACCCAUGUCGUUGCGGGAACCUAUGGCUACAUAGCUCCAGAGUAUGGAUAUGCGUCAAAAGUGACUGAGAAAUGCGAUGUAUAUAGCUUCGGGGUCGUGUUGAUGGAGCUGGUCACAGGGAAAAAACCGAUAGAGGCAGAGUUUGGAGAGAGCAAAGACAUAGUGAAUUGGGUGAGCAACAAUCUGAAGAGCAAAGAGAGUGUGAUGGAGAUUGUGGACAAGAAGAUAGGAGAAAUGUAUAGAGAAGAUGCAAUCAAGAUACUGAGGAUUGCAAUCCUCUGCACGGCGAGACUUCCUGGACUAAGACCGACGAUGAGGAGCGUGGUUCAAAUGAUCGAGGACGCGGAACCAUGCAGAUUGAUGGGGAUUGUGAUCAGCAAAGAGAGUGAUGUGAAGAUCAAAGAAAUAAGUUGAUGAUUGAGGGACCAAAGUCACUCUUUUGGGGUCUAUUUUGGUAACUAAGAAACUUAGAGAGAGACUAAUGUGGAUCAUCUAAAUCUAUUAAGACGUAAGAGUUUAGAUGGAGAAUGUGAUUCUAGUACUACUUCUGGUUAUGAAAUCAUAGGUAUUGUAAUGAUCUCAUGUAAACUAUUUUCUUGUAAUUGUAGAAUUUUAAGGUUUUCAAAUUAGUUAAUGAAGAAGGUCAACAACUCUGUUAAAUU